AUGAUAUUAAAUGGGGAUAACAGAAAGAUAUUUAUCAGAAACGACAUGCUUUAUAAGAUAAGAGAGAAUAUUGUUGAGGAGUACCGGAGGGAGGAUCUUGUAAUGGUAAGGAGCAAGAUGUUUUUUAGGGCCAAGACUGCAAAGGAAUUUGACGGGAAAUACUAUUUUUUGACAAAGAAGAGCAUACUGGUCUACGAAGAUCUAUUUGGAGACCCGGUUCAGGAAAUCGAAGUUCCCAACGAUGGGGUUUUCGAUUUCCACAUGCACGAUGGCCGGCUCUUUUAUCUUGCAAGAAGAAUGAACCGAUUCUUGGGGAUUGAUGAGGGACACGAGAUAGUAUUUGAUUUCCAGGGAGGGGCUUAUUUUUGGGAUGGGGUGGAUUUCUACAUAUGCAGUAAUAAAAACCUGAUUAGGUUUGAUGUUAUAAAGAAGAGAGGCGAGGAUGUCCUUUGCGGUGUGAAUGUCAAAUGCAUUGUUGCGAGGAACGGAACAAUUGCAUAUGCAGACAAUGGGAAUAUUCUCCAUUUUUUGAAAAGAAAGGCAAGCCUGUCAUACCACCAUCACUCCAAGCCAGUUGCAGGGAUUAUAAUAACCUCUCUUGAGAGUCUUUUAGUUGUGUGUAGAGACAAGAAGCUUGUUAGGAUAGAAACAAAAAGAAACGAAAGAGUACUUCUGGCAUCAUUUGAUGGAGAUCCCGUGGAUUUUAUGCAAGACGGAUCUGACAUCUAUGUUCUAACUCCGUUCUGCCUCCUAGCAUACGACUCCAAGGCUGGAUGUAUCAAAAAACAAAUCUUUUCCCUUCCAAGUUUUGAAUACUGUAAGCCUCUCUGUGGGUUUGAAUGCACCUCGGAGGAGACGCCUGGAAGGGAGGUUUUUGAGCGCAACGUGAAGAAGACUAAGGUUGUGGUACCCUAUGCAUUCAAGAACGAGUGCUCCUCCGACUUCUCAAGGAGCUCCAUAGUUGCAGUAAUGAGAAGCUAUGUCUUUAUAUACGAUCUGGAAAAGGAGGAGGUGCAAAAGAUAGCCUAUCUUGGGGGGUCUGACUGCUUCUACUCGUCCGGAUUUAUUGUCAGGUUGUCAUCUGGGGGAAAAGGCAGAAGAACAGCAGCGAAGAUUUAUCGGAUUGAGAGCGAUGGGCUGCUAUUUAUUAGGAAGUAUGACUCGGUCGGGAUUUCUUCUACCCCGGAAGAUGUUGUGUUUGAUAAGGGAAGGCUUUUUCUAUACUCUGAUGGCAGUCUUAUUGAAGUAACAGGGCCCGGGAUUACAAAACGUCUCGGGAGCGAGAGUGUUCGGCAGAUUGAGGAAACUGAUGUAGGGGCUUUCCUGCUUGACACGCGUGGAAUAUUCAAGAUCGGGUCUGGAGAAUGGAUUCUAGAAGACGAGGACAUUACGUCUCUCAAGGUUUUUGAGAAGACACUAUUUGUAUCUCUAUUUGGAAGCGGGAUAUUUGGCUUUGAAAUGAAGGACGGAGCAGCCGAAGAAAAGUUGAUUGACGAUGCAAACGUCACAGAGGUUUUUGUGGAUGGCGAAACCAUUGUGACAUCUAGUCUUUGGGAAGGAGUUUCCGUUCUGAGGAGAUAUAAGAAAAAUGGUAACAUCUGGAAAAAAGACGGUGAGGCUCUUGCAGAUAAAGGAAUAGGCAGAAUUUUACACAAAAACACGUAUCUCUCGAUAACAAACAAACUGCACAGGGUGGAGUUUGGGCGAAGGGAGUGUCUUCUCUAA